GAUCACCACUGAAGAGUUUUCUUUUAGAGCAUGGAGGUGAAGAAACCCGAGUUCACUUUCGAAGACGAUGAAGAUCUAGAAGACAGCAGUAAGUACGAGAACGACAGUGACACUGAUCAAAGUGAUGUUGGAGACCUUCCUGGUGAUGACGACAACAAUGAUGAAGAUACUUUCAUCUCCCAAGUUCAAUGGCCUCAAAGCUUUAGGGAGACGACUGAUUCUUAUACGAUUGCUGCAUCACCAAUCUUCGGGUCUCUCAAAAGUAAUCCGAGUUUCUAUAGACAGAGCAGAAGUAAUCUUGAUGUUGAGUCAAAAGCUCCUUUGCUUCCUGAGAGAACUGAAGAAUCCGACAAAGCCUCAGUUACACAAUCAGUUUGGUCUCAUAAAGGCUCAUUUGCUGAUGAGUUGCCCAUUGGUGGUUAUGGCUGCAGCGUCACUCAAACCAUUUUUAAUGGGAUUAAUGUAAUGGCUGGAGUGGGACUUCUCUCAACACCUUACACAGUGAAAGAAGCAGGAUGGGCAAGUAUGGUGAUUCUUCUCUUAUUUGCUGUUAUAUGUUGUUACACUGCUACUUUGAUGAAAGAUUGCUUCGAGAACAAGUCUGGCAUUAUCACUUAUCCUGACAUUGGAGAAGCAGCUUUUGGGAAAUAUGGUCGUAUUCUCAUCUGUGUGCUAUUGUACACUGAGCUAUAUUCAUAUUGUGUUGAGUUCAUCAUUUUGGAAGGGGAUAACCUGACCGGCCUUUUCCCUGGUACAUCCAUCAAUUGGCUCGGGAUCCAGAUUGACUCUAUACAUUUAUUUGGAAUCUUAACUGCGCUCAUCAUUCUUCCAACUGUUUGGUUGAAAGAUCUUCGCAUUAUAUCCUACCUUUCAGCUGGUGGGGUUAUUGCAACUGUUUUGAUAGCAGUGAGCACAUUUUUUCUUGGUACAACAGGCGGGAUCGGGUUUAAUCACACUGGUAAUGCUGUGAAAUGGAAUGGGAUACCGUUUGCUAUUGGUAUCUAUGGAUUUUGCUAUUCAGGUCAUUCUGUGUUCCCAAAUAUAUACCAGUCCAUGGCUGAUAAAACCAAGUUCAACAAGGCAGUGAUCACAUGUUUCAUUUUAUGUGUUUUGAUAUACGGAGGAGUUGCAAUCAUGGGUUAUCUCAUGUUUGGUGAAGCCACCUUGUCUCAGAUAACACUAAACAUGCCAAAGGACUCAAUAUUUUCGAAAGUGGCUCAAUGGACAACGGUUGUGAGUCCGUUUACAAAAUAUGCUCUCUUGAUGAAUCCACUUGCAAGGGGUAUAGAAGAGCUCUUACCUGAAAAUGAUUUUGAGUUCAGUAAUUGUGGCGAUUGGGUUGGUAAGUGGGAUCUUGGGGACAUACUCUUCAGUUGCAAAGAUAAUUAG